CCGGGUCCCACUCGCCAUUACAUCCGCUGAGCCAGCGUAUUACUGGCGCCAACUGUAAACUGGAGAUAAACGACAACUAAUAAGGCUAAUAAUGUCAUUUUAAAUAACUUUAUAGAGGCCGGAAGUUCCCGCUGUUGUCGCCGGCCAUCUUGUUCGCUAACCGGCGGUGUUCGCAUCGGCUUCCUUUCUGGACCAAUGUGAGCAUGGCAGCUAGCGGGGGAACAGCCGGCAUGGCCCCGGGAGAAGUCCUCCUUCUGAACCGGGAGGAGGAGGAGGAGGAAGAGGAGGAAGAUGACCUGGAGGACCUGGAGCUGGCGUUAGCAGAUAUGGCCGUAGAAGACCUCCUGCAGGAGGUGAAGGCGGUGCAGACCGACAGCACGACCGUGGCGUUUGGCGUGACCACGGCGCCGGGCUGGGAGGCCGAGGUGGCGGCCAUGUUGGCUUGCGGCGCCGGGCUCUCUGAGCAGUACGGAGAGCUGAUGAAGAAGAAGGACGAAGAGCAGCUGACACACGAGAAGCAGAGACAGCUAGUGGAGAAGAAGAAGGAGGAGGCCACGAGGCAGCACCAGGCCCUGCUGGACAAGCUGGAGUCUCUGCGUGUGAAGCUGCAGCUCAACAACUCUAAAGCCACAAGGAAGAACUUCCUGUCCAAGAAACAGGAAAUGACCUCCGAGAGGAGCCGCGCGGAGGAGGAGAAGAUCCGAAUGUCCAAGGAGCUGGAGGAGGCGGACCGCAAUGUGACGUCCCUCACGCAGAAGAAGUGGGAGGAGAAGAGCCGCCUGCAGGCUGAGCUGGAGGAGCUGAGGGGUCAGAUGGAGCGAGGGAGGAAGGAGGCGCGAGAGGCGGAGCUACGAGCGCUGAGUGACGAGGUCAUCGCUGUGGAGAAGCAGAGAGACGUCGCCAUGAUGCGCAUCGAGGCCUGGAUCAGCGAGGUGGGUCAGUACCUGAACGCCCUCCGGGUGGAGUCCCCGCAGGAGUUCCACCACGAGCGGCCCAAGUGGGAGAAGAAGGAGGUUCUGGUCCGGAGGAACCGGGCCGAGCUGCAGAGCCGCUUCCAGGAGGUCCUGCAGCAGCUCCAGGAGGGUCGCGAGUUAGAAUCCCUGCCCCGGAUCAACGCGCCAUCUCUGCCUCAGGUCCCCGUGGCCGACCUGAGGUUCAGCCAGGUGAUGCAGCCGCUGCUCCGAGCCCAGUUCCUGCCCCUCCCCCCUCCCCAGAUGACCCACUCCUUCCCCCCCCACUACAACCCCCAGUACCGCCACCGCUUCCUGCCCCCGCCCCUCCACCAGUUCCUGCCCCCGCCCCACCUCCUCCCCCCCCCUCAGUUCCCGCCCCACAUGAGGGUGACCCCGCCCCCCAGCCUCUCCCCGUCGCCGCCCGUCGCUCCGUCUCCACCUCCCUCCACAAGCUCCGCCCCCGUCGGCAAGCUGGACAAGAUCCUGGAGAAGCUGGGUGCCCGUUUCCCACAAUGCACCAGGGCCCAGCUGAUGUCGCUGCUGCAGCAGGUGAAGGGGUCACGCGGCACGCUGGCCGGCAUGUCGGUGGAGGAGGUGAUGGAGCAGGUGGGCUUCAAGCUGGCGCAGGGCGAGAGGUCGGCGCCGGGGCCCAUCAGCCGGCCCGCGCCCCCGGGGCCUAUCCAGAGGCCAGGCGGGAGUCUGGGUGGGGGUCUGGGUGGGGGGGGUCCGGCCCGGAAGCUCUGCCUGAUGUGCCAGAACCACGUGGACCCGGAGAGCCGUCACCCGCUGGGCUGCUCACACACCAUCCACAAGGACUGCAUCCGGGUCUGGCUCCAGUCCAGCAAGAACAACUCCUGCCCCUUCUGCCCUGGGAAAUGAUCUCGAAGACUGGAGGGUCCUUGAACGCCUCAUCAUCCCAUAUGGAUUAAUACAUGCCAUCAAUUCACUUGAUUAUUCUAAAUUCAAUCGCAUGUAUUGAUUUGAUGGGACGAGGCGUUCAAGUACCCCCGAACGGGGGGUCCUUGAAUGCCUCGUCCCAUCAAAUCAAUACAUGCGAUCAACAGAAAUGUGUUUAUUAAAAUAAAAAUAUAAUUCUCUUGACAGUUUAAAAGUUGAAUGUAUGAAGAAAGUUGUUUAUCAUGUAAAGUUUAAGUACUCAACCAGAGUACAAGUCAUACCUGCAAACUUGUCACCUUUCGGUGAAAUUCACCGUUUUGAACUCAAAAUAGAUCAUCCACGUGAAUCGUGGAGAUCCAAAGAGUUUUUUGGGGGUGGGUCACCUGGCCCGCUGCCGUUGAGAUUGCAGUGAGACGCGGAGAAAAGUGUGAAGUGGUGCUCUUCGCAAUAAAACAUCUUUGAUGGGACGUGUCGCGUCUCGGCCAA